UGUUUUGAUUCUGGAUUCGCGAGUUGCACGCAUUCUUGCAAUUUCAGUGAAUAAUUUUUACAAAACUAUAGCUCUCUGGACCAAACGAUGGCCGACGAGGAAGAAGCAAAGGAAUACCGGUGGGAAACCGGCUACGAAAAAACAUGGGAAGCCAUCAAAGAAGACGACGAUGGCUUGGUUGAAGGUUCGAUUGCCGAAAUUAUUCAGAAGGCCAAACGGAAGCGCCAAGCCAUGAAGAAGGGCUUCAGCAAACUUGGUAUGAUGCGCCAUCUCUAUAUCAUAUUGGAUUGCUCGGAAGCAAUGACCGUUCCGGAUUUGAAACCCACCAGAUUUAUUUGUACACUUAAACUGUUGGAAAUCUUUAUUGAAGAAUUUUUUGAUCAAAACCCCAUCAGUCAACUGGGUGUCAUUGCUCUAAAAGCCAAAAGAGCGGAAAAAAUCACAGAACUGGGUGGCAGUUGCCGGAAACACAUGAAAGCGGUUCACAACUUGAAUAAGUUGAACCUGACUGGGGAACCGUCUCUGCAGAAUGGUCUAGAACUAGCGUUGAAAACGCUCAAGAUGGUUCCAUCUCAUGCCAGCCGCGAGGUCCUGAUUGUUAUGGGAAGUUUGACAACGUGUGACCCGACCGAUAUCCACGUUACGAUUGAGUCGCUCAAAGCCGAAGGAAUUCGAUGUUCUGUCGUUAGUCUAUCGGCUGAAAUCCGUAUUUGCAAGUUUCUGUGCACGGAAACGGGUGGCGUUUAUGGAGCAGUGCUGGACGAUGCUCAUUUCAAGGAUCAGUUGCUGCAACACAUCGACCCUCCGCAGGCCGGAAAUCAACAGGACUUUUCUUUGAUCAAGAUGGGAUUCCCUCACGGUAAAACCGAAGAUGGUAAAGAUCCGGUACUGACAAUGUGUAUGUGUCACAUUGACAGCGCGGAUGACCCGGCGAAGCUCACUUCAGGUGGCUAUCAUUGUCCCCAAUGCUACAGUAAAUACUGCGAACUUCCGGUGGAGUGUGUUUCGUGUGGGCUUACCCUGGCAUCGGCUCCACAUUUGGCUCGUUCUUAUCACCAUCUAUUUCCGGUGCCACACUUUGAGGAGCUACCAUUUGGACAGCUGGAAGGAGCCACUAACUGCUAUGGCUGUCAGAAGUUGUUUGGCGAAACGACCGAUAAAACCGUUUAUCGGUGCGGUGCUUGUGCGCAAAUAUUUUGCAUUGAUUGCGACAUUUUCAUUCACGAAACCAUGCACUCGUGUGUUGGAUGUACCACAAUACCGGCCUCAGUACAAGCGUUACAUGCUCGCAAACCGGUUGCUCCGCCACAUAGUAUGUCUAUAUUGUGAAGUGGAGUAUUAGUUGGUGGAUUAUAAAAAAAUAAAUGUUUUCAUUGUCUA